CGUAGUUUAUUCACCUCAACACAAGUGUUAGGGGAUAAGGACGGGCAAACAACUGAAGUUUUGUCAACGUUCUAUUUUUCCUGUAGCGAGUACGACAACUGUCAUAGCGAGACGACUAUCAAUGGCAGGUCCGGCGUCCGUCCUUACUCUGUCAACGUCGCUGUUCUGGCGUUUCUGAUGAGAUCGUACAUCUAUAACAACAGCAACAACGUCGACGAAGAUGACCUGUUCCUUCUCAACAACUCCUACGACUACAUUGUAGUUGGUUCCGGGUCAGCUUGGUCCGUGAUUGCUGCUCGACUGUCAGAAGAUAGUGACGUCAGUCCUCGUUUUGGAAGCUGGGCUGGAUGACAGAAACGAGGCUGUACUAGCAUUCCAGCAGAAGGACCAAACAGUCAGAGAUCGAAAUUCGACUGGGAGUAUUACACCGAACCGCAGAAACAGGCGUGCUGGGCUUUGAAAGAAAAGAGGUCAUACUGGCCCAGAGGUCGAGUGUUGGGCGGAACCAGUCAGAUGAACUAUAUGGCGUAUGUCCGGGGGAACCGGUUUGACUAUGACAGCUGGGCGGCCCAGGGGUGUGACGGGUGGAGCUACAAAGAUGUUCUUCCGUACUUCAAGAAAUCAGAGGACAUGCAGGACGAGGAGCUCGCCAAAUCAGAAUACCACAACCGUGGAGGCCCACUUAAGGUGAGCCGAGCGCCCACGAGUUCUCUCCCUUCGAUAUUCCUGAAGGCGGCCAAAGAGGCCGGAUACAACGAAACAGAUCAUAACGAGAAUGUCAGGAAGAUUAAACGUCUUUGGGUUUGCUAUUGGACAGUCCACUAUGGGAAACGGUCAAGCACGUCAAAGUCAUUCUUGUGGCCUGCAAGAAAAACAAGAACAAAUCUACAUAUUGCUGUACAAGCUCAUGUAACCAAGGUUAUCAUAGAAAAUAAGAAAGCUGUUUCUGUGGAGUUUGUCAAAAAUGGCCGAGUUCAAAGAGUGAAAGCCACAAGGGAGAUAAUUCUGUCAGCUGGAACUAUUGGAUCUGCACAGAUAAUGAUGUUGUCUGGAUUAGGACCCAAAGAGCAUCUUGAAAAGUUAAAGAUUCCUGUGGUUGCUGAUCUGCCAGUGGGAGACAACCUUCAGGAUCACCUGCUGACAUUUCUUAGAGUUCUUAUAGAUCAACCGCUGUCAACGAGUCCCGAAAAGUUAAAUAAAUCGUGGACAAAAUGGCAGUAUGAUAUUUUCAAAACUGGUUACCUCACAACACCAUGCGGCAAUGAGGCUACUGCCUUUGCCAGGACUCGAGAUGACCUGCAAUAUGGAAACCCUGAUGUGGAAUUCCACAUGCUCGUCAAUUUGCCGGAAAGAAAACAUAUCGAGCGAUUGAUUAGUUUAGACUCCAAGGUCAGUGAACAGUUGAAAUGGGACGCAGCAGAAGGGUUUGCUAUUGUCCCUAUGGUGUUACGACCUCAGAGUGUCGGGACAAUUCGUCUUCGGAGCUCGAACCCGUUUGAAUAUCCAGUAAUACAACCAAACUACCUCAUGGUGACAGAAGAUAUGAUGGUCAUAUACAGAGGUGUUCGGAUAUUUCAGAAACUACUGAAGACUAAAGCGUUCAGAGAUAUCGGAGCCCGACUGGACACGACGAGGGUCCCGACGUGUAGUCAGUACACCUACGACUCUGACGAGUAUUGGCAGUGUUACGUCAGGUCAAUCACCAUCUACGUGUUCCACCACAUUGGUACCUGCAGGAUGGGGGCGAUCGCAGACCCCUCCACUGUAGUCGACCCUCAUCUCAUAGUAAAAGGUAUAUCUGGUCUGCGUGUAGCUGAUGCUUCCAUUAUGCCCAACGUCGUUUCCGGAAAUACCAAUGCUCCUUGUAUUAUGAUUGGAGAAAAGGCAGCCGAUUUGAUUAAGGGAAAGAACUCUGUAUGACAGGGAUUUGAACGACUUCCAUUAGAAGAACAGUCUCAAAGUUGCAUAAUAAUAAUUAUUUAUUAUACUUUUUUUGUGUGAAAUGUAAACAUAAUGCCUUGAAUAAAAUGCCCACAUAAGAUAUAGAAAUAAUUUCAAACACUACUAUAAUCAUAAAGUUAUAUUAUUUCAAAUUUGAAUAAGACAGGUCAACACGUGACAUCGCAGUUUAAAUUUGAACUGUAUCUGCUUAUCGACAAAUGUCUGACUUGCAUUUUAGUGGAUUAACAAUGAAUAUUUUCUCUCUCUAUAUAUAUGGUAUAUUUUCUCUAUAUAUUUUCUCUAUAUACAGUUUUUGUUUUUCAUCAAGAAUUUUUUACUUCAUUACAAAAACCUUUAAAAUACCAACAUAUGGCAUGUGCCACUUUGGGAAUGUACCUUGAUAUCUUAAAGCAUUUUACUUAACUAUUGCAUAGUAUAGGACAUAAAAGGGGUGUCUGAUAUUGCCAGAAGAUCUUCAUGCCAAUAACUCACAUUAUAACCCAUAUUAUAGUCCAGAGAUUCCACACACAGCAACAGAGAUCACGAAAGACAUUAAAUGUAAUUUCACCAUACCAUCAUUGAAAUAAAAAAAUCAGAAAUUAUAUAAUACCAUAAAUCCAACAAAUUAUAUCAUGGCGAGAGUUUGUCAAUCUACCAUUAAAUAAUACAAUGACAAGAUUAUUCUAUAAUAUUAUCACGAAAACAAACAUCUCCAUUUAGUUUUAUUGUAUAAAUAAUAAAAAUGUAUACUACGAUU